AUUUAACCAGUAUUUUGUUUUUUUUGAUUUUUCAACACGAGCGUUACUGUAAUUGAAACUGCAGCUGUCUAGAUGAUAAAUUCAUUAAUAAUUAUUUUCAGCAAUUCCAUUUUUUUCUGGAACGCGUUAUAUACGGCGGCUAAAAACAUGCGGCCAGAAAAUUGUUUAUAAUACAGCUGUCAGAUGUCCGACAAUAAUCGUUAAUAAUUUGACUCAAACCAGUGGUUUGAAGCUAGCCGUUUUAUGAAGAUUGAAAGAUAAAUUGACGAACUCGAUAAUUGCUUGUUCGCAAGAAACGGCGAACAGCUGAUUUGAGUGCUUUUUGUUUUGUCGCCAACCGGAAGUUCAUCUAGGGGUCAUCAUAACAGUUGUAGAUCCACAGGUCAGCGUGCGGACUGGAUUUUGAUACUGGUCGUCAGUCCCAUGAUACGAUUCUGAAAGUUCUUUUCUGAAUGGCAUGAUCUUAAAUUAUAUUUUUCUACAUUGAUCUUAAUACUUGUACUAGACUUUGAUAAUGGCAUCACUACUGAGAAUUUUUGGACAAGUUGCAGGGAAUAUUUCACGUCGUUUGUAUAAACAUUCAGCAAUGGCAAGUCUUAGGGGAAUACCUUCACAUCGGUCAUACAUUGUGACACCUUCAAUGCAAAGUAUAAGAACAAGAAGACAGAAAUUUCAAUUUACCAAACCAUCAUUGGUUAUAUUUGACAAGGAUGGUACUCUUAUAUGUUCUCAUGCCAUGUGGACUCCAUGGGUGACUAAAACUGCAGCAAGAUUUGAAGCCUCCACUGGACAUAAAAAUCUCUCAGAAAAAAUCUAUCAUUUGUUGGACUAUGACAGUGAAUGUAACAAAGUGAAACCAGGCUUGUUGGCACAGUCAACUAUGCCAAUAAUCAAACAACGGCUAACAGAUUUACUAGAAAUGGAAGGAAAAAAUGAAGCCGAAGCUAAGACCAUUGUUGAUGAAUGCUGGGAAGAAUGUGAGACUGGAUCAUCUGUUUCUGCAUUUGGGGAUUUGCCAAGACUGAUGCAGAAAUUAAAAGAGGAAGAUAUAAAGAUUGCUGUUUGUACUGCAGAUUCCAGAAAAGGAACUCUAGCCGCUUUAACAGAAUUAGGAUUGAUUGAUCUUGUAGAUGAAAUAGUGUGUGGUGAUGAUCCAGGUACUGAACCAAAACCUAGUCCACGUAAUGCUCAGAUAUUAUGUGAAAGGUUUGGUAUAGACCCCUCACAAGCUAUGAUGGUUGGGGAUACUCUUGCUGAUACGGGUAUGGGAAGAACAGCUGGUCUUGGAUGCAUAGUUGGUGUAUUAACAGGUGUGUGCUCGGUGGAACAACUCCAACCUGAGGCUGAUAUAGUCGUAGAUAGCGUCCAUGAUGUAUUUGAUAUUUUCAUGACAGAAACCCAGUCUAUGAAAUCAUACACUGAUAUUGAUCAAGAAAAGGUGUUUGUAAGGUCUUAUUCCACUUUGAGACCUACCAUCCCCAGUUCUGCUCCAGUGUAUGAUAAUAUAAUUCUUGGUGCUGGGUCUGCUGGGUGUGUGUUGGCUAAUAGGCUGAGUGAAGAUAAAGAUAACUCAGUUCUAUUGCUUGAAUCAGGACCAAAGGAUAAUCCAUGGAAUUGGAAGAUACAUAUGCCAGCUGCUUUGAUGUAUAACCUAUGUGAUGAUAAGUACAAUUGGUUUUACACUACAGAACCUCAAAAAGCUAUGAAUAAUAGGCAGAUGUAUUGGCCCCGUGGUAGAGUAUGGGGUGGAUCUUCAUCACUAAAUGCCAUGGUUUACAUUAGGGGACAUGCAUAUGAUUAUGAUAGAUGGCAGAAUGAAGGAGCAGAUGGAUGGUCCUAUGCUGACUGUCUUCCGUAUUUCAAGAAAGCUCAAACUCAUGAACUCGGAGCAGAUGACUACAGGGGUGGAGAUGGACCCCUCCAUGUUUCACGAGGUAAAACCAACAACCCACUCUUUAAAGCCUUCAUUGAGGCUGGAGUUCAAGCUGGUUACCCUGUUACAGAGGACAUGAAUGGUUAUCAACAAGAAGGGGUUGGAUACAUGGAUAUGACUAUACAUAAUGGAAAGCGAUGGAAUACAUCUAGUGCAUACUUGAGACCAGUUUUACAUCGACCAAAUUUAAAAGCAGAAAGUAAAACUAUGGUUACUAGAAUUCUUUUUGAAGGUUCCAAAGCAGUUGGUGUGGAAUAUCUUCAGAAUGGAGUAUUACAUAAAGCUAGGGUAACUAAAGAUAUCAUUUUAUGUAGCGGUGCCAUCAAUUCUCCACAGACUCUUAUGCUAUCUGGAAUUGGAAAUGCUGAUGAACUUCGACAACUCGGAAUACCUGUAGUGGCCAAUCUUCCUGGAGUUGGUGAAAACCUACAAGAUCACCUUGAAGUAUAUGUGCAGCAGAAAUGUAAGAAGCCAAUCACUCUCUAUACAGCACAGUGGAAGUUUCCAUGGAACAUGGUUGGAAUUGGGCUCGAAUGGUUUCUUUUCCGUACUGGGAAGGCUGCAUCGGCACAUUUGGAAGCUGGUGGUUUUAUCCGAACUCACCAAGAUGUGGAGCAUCCAGAUAUCCAGUUUCACUUCUUACCAUCAGUGGUUAAUGAUCAUGGACGCAAGUCAGGAGACUGCCAUGCUUAUCAAUUACAUGUGGGAACAUUGAGAUCUAAAAGUGUUGGCUACGUUAAACUACGUUCAGAUAAUCCCAAUGAACACCCAAUCAUCCAACCAAAUUACAUGUCGCAUGAACAAGACUGGGAGGAAAUGCGAUAUGGUAUUCGGUCCUCGCGUGAAAUCUUUGCUCAAAAAGCAUUUGAUACGUAUCGUGAUUCUGAAAUCCAACCUGGAGCGGAACUCCAGAGUGAUAAAGAACUUGAUGAAUACAUUGCAAAGAUGUCUGAUAGUGCUUAUCAUCCUUCCUGCACAUGUAAAAUGGGAAGUGAUGCCGAUUCAAUGGCUGUAGUCGACAAUCAUACUAGAGUCAUUGGUGUUGACAAUCUGAGAGUAGUAGAUGCAUCUAUAAUGCCUAGCAUUGUCAGUGGAAAUCUAAAUGCUCCAACCAUUAUGAUAGCAGAAAAAGCUGCAGACAUUAUUCGUGGCAAGUCCCCACUUCCUCCAUUGUCUGAUGUGCCUGUAUGGAAACCAGAAUUGCAGGAUACAUUGAGAAGAAAAGCCAAUAGUAUUGCAUAAGAUUACAUUAGAUUCGAAAGCAGCUUUACCAAUAUAACCACUCUAUUAUUGUAUAUUAGAUACUGGAGAAUA